UAUUUAUCUUCUUCCCUCCAGAGAUCCCGCCAUUUCCAAUCUCUAAAUCGACGGUUGUUGUCUCCAUUUCUCUCCGAUAUAACUCCGAACAAUCCCGAGUUCGGCCUCAAUCGGAUCCAAAACAUUCACCAAAGAAACCACAAGCCGAUCUCAUCGCACACCUAGGGUUUCCUCUUGGAGAAGAAACGAAGAGCUUGACAAUGGCGGUGCACCUCACGCCGAACGCGAUAUCGACCAUCCUCGCUGGCGACACGAACUCGAAGCCUAUCGUGCAGGUCCUCGAAAUCAAUAACAUCCUGAAGCAGGAUCGGUACCGGUUGGUGAUCUCCGAUGGCGUUUCGACUCAGCACGCGGUUCUCGCCACGCAGCUCAACGACACGGUCAAGAACGGCCUCGUCAAGCAAGGCUCCGUCGUCCAGCUCCUCGAGUACUUCUGUAAUUUGGUGCAGAAUCGCAAGAUGCUUCUUGUGCUGAACUUUGAAACUAUUUUACCGGACUGCAACAUAAUUGGGAAUCCAAAAUCAGUUGUUGAGCCUGAUUCAACAGCUCGGAAGAUGCAGACCAAUGGUAAUAUUCAGCCAACCAGGGUUACCAAUACUCAGUUGAGAACCCAGAAUUUUUCCAAUCUGCCAAAUUUCAGGCCCACUGUUCAACCUCCUUACCAACCACCUCCUAAUUACAAAAAUCAUGGCGCUAUUGUGAAGAAUGAGGCACCUGCACGGAUCAUUCCUAUUGAUGCAUUGAAUCCUUAUCAAGGUCGGUGGGCUAUUAAGGCAAGAGUUACUGCCAAAGGAGAUCUCCGUCGGUAUAAUAAUGCCCGUGGAGACGGAAAAGUAUUCUCAUUUGACCUUCUUGACUCUGAUGGAGGGGAAAUACGGGUGGCCUGCUUCAAUGCUGUUGUUGACUGCUUCUAUGAUACUAUAGAGGUUGGUAAAGUGUACUUGAUUUCUAAGGGUAGCUUAAAACCUGCUCGGAAGAAUUUCAACCAUCUGAAAAAUGAAUGGGAAAUAUUCCUUGAGGCAACUUCCACUGUAGAGCUUUGCCCUGAUGAAGACGGUUCUAUACCAAGACAGCAGUUUUCAUUUAGACCUAUCAAUGAGGUUGAAACCGCUGAUAAUAAUUCCAUUCUUGAUAUUAUUGGUAUUGUGAUAUCUGUGAACCCUUCAGUAUCUAUUCUGAGAAAGAAUGGAAUGGAAACUCAGAGAAGAAUUCUGAAUCUAAAGGAUUCGUCUGGAAGGAGUGUUGAGCUAACCCUUUGGGGUGAAUUUUGCAAUAGGGAAGGUCAGAAGCUGCAAGAGAUGUCUGAUUCUGGAUUUUGUCCUGUUUUAGCUGUAAAAUCAGGGAAGGUAAGCGACUUCAGCGGGAAAUCUGUAGGUACAAUUUCGGCUACUCAGCUCUUCAUAAACCCAGAUUUCCCUGAGGCUCAUAGCUUAAGAGACUGGUUUGAUCGAGUUGGAAAGGAUGCUGCUUCUCAGUCCAUCUCUAAAGAUAUAAUGGCUGGAGCGCCUAAGAAUGAGAUACGGAAAACUAUUUCUCAAAUCAAAGAUGAAGGUCUUGGAAGAUCUGAUAAGCCAGACUGGGUCACUGUAAAGGCAGCCAUAACAUUCAUCAAAACGGACAACUUUUGUUACACGGCUUGCCCCUUGAUGAUUGGAGAUAGACAGUGUAAUAAAAAGGCGACGAUGUCUGGAAAUGUUUGGCAGUGUGACAGAUGUAAUCAAGAAUUCACAGAGUGCGAUUACAGAUACCUUCUUCAAGCCCAAAUUCAAGACCACACAGGAUUGACUUGGGUGACGGCUUUUCAGGAAUCUGGGGAGGAGAUAUUGGGGUGCUCGGCAAAAGAGUUGUAUUUGUUGAAGUAUGAAGAGCAGGACGAGGGCCGAUUUGCGGACUUAGUUCGAAGUAGUCUUUUCAACCAAUAUCUUUUCAGGCUCAAGAUUAAAGAAGAGCUAUACGGUGAUGAGCAGAGGGUGAAAAUCACUGUGGUUAAGGCUGAUAAGGUGAACUAUUCUUCAGAGAGCAAAUAUAUGCUCGAUUCAGUAUUGAAGUCCACUAGGAUGUAAUCAAUAUUUCUAACUCAGAGAAUGGUUCAAGUCUUUAAGAUGCCUUUAGCGAAAUUACAUUUUGGAUAGAUAAUUAGCAAGUUUAGUAAACACGACUUCAAAUAGUUGUAGCUAUUAUUGGUUCUACAAAAAACAUUUGCUCGAAAUUAGGGAAUUUUCCAAGGCUUCUAUUUUCUUCUGUUAUUAUUGAAUUCGACUAUUGUAUUGUAUUGACAUU